CCGAGUGCUUCGCGGCCAGCGAGCGGCGGGUGUCUCCGGCUUACGUGAGGCAGGGCAGUGAGGCUCGGCGCGCACACGAGCACCUCAUCUGGCUGCUUCUAGAGCAGGGCAAGUGUCCAGAGGAUGGCUGGGAUGAAAGCACACUGGAACUCUUUCUGCAUGAGCUUGCAGUCAUGGAUAGUAACAAUUUCUUGGGUAACUGUGGUGUGGGAGAAAGGGAAGGGAGAGUGGCCUCGGCUUUGGUUGCUCGUCGUCAUUACAGGUUCAUCCAUGGAAUUGGAAGAUCUGGUGAUAUUUCUGCUGUGCAACCAAAAGCUGCAGGCUCUAGCCUCUUGAACAAAAUUACUAAUUCUUUGGUGCUUGAUGUGAUAAAGCUGGCCGGGUCUCACUAUGCAACUCUGUCUCUCCUGGGACUCACUGUCUACCAGGCUGGCCUCAAAAUCACAGAAAUCUACCUGUCUCUCUGCCUCCGAAGUACUGGGAUUAAAAGUGUUCAUUCAGUGGCCAGUUGCUUUGUAGUUCCUAUGGCAACUGGGAUGAGUCUAACCUUGUGUUUCCUAACACUACGACACAAAAGACCAAAGGCCAAGUAUAUCAUAUGGCCACGGAUAGACCAGAAGUCCUGCUUUAAAUCCAUGGUCACUGCAGGUUUUGAACCCGUGGUAAUAGAAAAUGAACUGGAAGGUGAUGAACUGCGCACAGACCUGAAAGCCGUGGAGGCUAAAAUCCAGGAGCUCGGGCCUGAGCAUAUCCUGUGCCUUCAUUCUACCACAGCCUGCUUUGCUCCGAGGGUGCCCGAUAGAUUAGAAGAACUGGCUGUGAUUUGUGCUAAUUAUGACAUUCCGCAUGUAGUCAACAACGCUUAUGGAUUACAGUCUUCAAAGUGCAUGCAUCUCAUUCAGCAGGGGGCUCGGGUUGGUAGAAUUGAUGCUUUCGUUCAGAGCUUGGACAAAAAUUUUAUGGUUCCAGUAGGUGGUGCUAUAAUUGCUGGCUUUAAUGAUCCCUUCAUUCAGGAAAUCAGCAAGAUGUAUCCAGGAAGGGCCUCAGCUUCACCGUCCUUAGACGUCCUCAUCACCUUGUUGUCACUCGGCUGCAGUGGCUACAAGAAGCUGUUGAAGGAGAGAAAGGAAAUGUUUGUCUAUUUAUCCACCCAACUAAAGAAGUUGGCAGAGGCCCACAAUGAAAGACUACUGCAGACACCUCACAACCCCAUAUCCUUAGCUAUGACACUUACAACGCUAGAUGGACACCAUGACAAAGCCGUCACUCAGCUCGGCUCAAUGCUUUUUACCAGACAAGUGUCUGGAGCCAGGGCUGUGCCUCUUGGGAAUGUGCAAACUGUGAGUGGCCAUACUUUCCAAGGCUUCAUGUCCCACACAGAUAAUUACCCCUGUGCUUAUCUCAAUGCAGCAGCAGCCAUCGGGAUGAAGACGAAGGAUGUGGACCUGUUCAUAAAGAGACUUGACAAGUGCUUAAACAUAGUAAGAAAGGAACAGAAUAGAGAAAGUGUCGUGUCUGGAGCUGACGACAGCAAAGCUGACGAUGCGGACAUUGAUGAAAUGGCUUUGAAACUCGAGGAUGUGCUUGGUGACAGGGACCAGGGCCGUGCUUUAUGACACGGUCCUCUUUCUGCCAGUUCACACAAGCAGUUUAAACAAUAUAUGUAAAGUUGAAUCGAGAGUUUUAUAGAGAAUCUUCCAUCAAGGAAGAGACUGGUCUGAGGGUAGUCAUUGGUGAUUGUUUUUUUAUCCUUAGAUUGCCUCAGUCUUUAUGAUUCUUAACAGGUUAUAACAUGCAGUUGCAGUGAACAGUUCAGAUGAUUCUUACUAGUAUAAAAUAUAAAGCUACAUGUAAUUCUCAUCAACUUCAAAGAGCUUCUUCUUAGCCAUUCUUCAGCAGUCAAAGAUAUUUUGUUUGUUUGUUUCCAAUUAUACAGAAUUGAGAAAGAUUUGUUUCUAAUGCUGCUAAAUACCAGAUGUUUAUUUAGCUGUCUCUGUGCCUAUUGAAGGGACGUUUCCCAAGGAAACAGAGCCAAGCCACAAGCUUAAGAGCAGUUGUUCUCAACUGGACUGGCUUCAUAAUAUUAUAUGAACAGCAUGUAAAGACUCUCCGUGGGUGCUGGGGGCAUCGACUGGUAGAACCCAGCAGUCCUGCUCAGCACCUCACCUCCUGCCCAACAUGUGCUUCCACAAAAGAAGUCUCCAGUCCAGAGUCUCAGUAGUGAUAUGUUUUGAGGAAGUGAGCUCCUAAGUUAAAGAGGCGUUUCCACAUGUGCUGCCUGAUGCCAUUGCUGUUUGUGGUGAGCUGCAUGGAAAUCAGCAGUCCUGUGACAGCAGUGCCUAGUGAUGUGAUGGGGUCAUGGUCUGUUCAAGUACGUGCCAUGCUGUUCACAUGCCUAUAAGACCCACUAAUCAUACACUUUUAGACCAUAUCUCAGUGGUAUGUGACUGCAAAAAUUAAAGAAAAGUUAGCUCUGUGAAUGUUACUAAGGUACUUCAUAGAGACUGUUGUUGACAAUAAGAGUACUAGUUGCAAACAAGUUGUUACAUUGUUUUCUAUAGUACCUGCUCAUUUUUCCAUUUGGGCAACUGAAAACUUUAUUCCACGUACUAUUUGAGCUUUAAGCAGCCUUUGUGACUGCAUAUAUACAAAUGACUGAAAUUCUAGGCCUAGUACCUCUGUGAUUUUUGUUAGUUAUAGAAAACAAAACAAACAAACAAAAAUCUAGACUGGGGGCUUCGUGAAGCAUCUUGGAAACAACCAAGGCCUGUUCUGUGGAGUAUCACUCUACCCAAAACAUAGUCAUGGGGAAAAGGGUCCAUGGAGGAAUAACUUGGGGAAACGCCUUUGCAAAUUUGCUCAUGGUGUAUUAAAUGCUACAAGAGGGUUUCUUUAGUAAAAUUGGCCUGCUUUUCCAAAGAGGAGCCAGUUCAAAGAUGAGAAGUGAAACACUCACUUCUCUUUGUACAUACUCUCCCAACACAAUGGGUCAAAUGUGUUAACCUCUGGAUUCUACUCUUGUAUUGGUUUGGCACUGAGCUGUAUAUGAAAAGGGAGUCUUCUUUGUAUACGAUCUCAGAGGGUUGGAAGAGAUGAGCUUAGCCAGAAGCUGUUUUGAGUGUGUAAGGAUGUGAGCCACUGAUGCCCGUGCAAGUCAAGGCCGAAUGGAGAUAAAGAACUCACUUGCAGAUAUCUAGGUAGUUCCCAGACGGAUUCUACCUUUGGGGACCAGACACUAAAAUGGCUCUUAGGUAGCUAUAGUAACUCGUUACAUGGGAGUAAAUCCUGGAUUGAAAAGCUCUGUGCUGUUUUCUGUGUGGAUUCAGGACUGCACCGGUGAGAUGUAGCCACAGAAGCCUAGUCCCUGUGGAGCCUACGAGGGUCAUAUGAUGCUGCCGAUGGAAAUGCUGGCAGUGCAGCUUCCUACACAUCAGGCCAAAAUGAUUUUCUAGAACAAGUGAUCUAUACUGUGUAUUCAUCAUUUUGCUUAAGAAAGGCCAGAGUCCAGAGACUGGAGAUGCUUCCUCAUCUGCCGAGUAUCAGCAGUUCUUGGUCCUCAGCUGCUGAAUAGAUAAUAAUUCUAAUUGAAGAUAAAUUACAUGAACCCACAUGUGAAUGAUAGAUAUGGUAUAACAUUUUAUUGCUGGUGCGUAAAAUCUGCUGCAGUUUUGGUUAUUAACCCUUUCCUUUUUAAGCACUUUUAAAUUCCAGCUCUGUUCCUCCUGGCUCCAUGCUUGACCUUAAGGUUACAGAACUCGGGUUUUUUCUCCUCCAGCCCUGUGUAACUUACUAAUUCUCUCUCCUGUUCACAUGUACAUGUUAAAGGACUAUUCCUAACUCUGCCUGAAGCACCGACCUUGCUUGGGAUGCUUCCUGAUUUGCCUGUGUUACCCUCAGGUGUGGCUAUGGAGGACACAGUGCAGGCCUUGCCUAAGACACUAUUACUGCCUUUGUGGCCCAACUCCUCUUGUAAUAGGCCAUAAAGUAGACUUUUAGAGGUUGGUUUUUAAAGUCACUGGGCUAGAGUAGGCUGCCUAGAGAAGAAAACUGAAUCAUGGGAUGUUUGGUCACUAAUGCAUCUUACAUUGCAGGGAGAAGUGUUUUCAGUUGAGUCUUAAUUUGGCCCUAGGUCCCUGCUGAUGUGUUUUCACUGUCAGGGGAAGAUGUGACAGAGCCUUGUAAGCCAGUGUUAACUAUGAAUCUACCUACUGGCUUGUGAUAUAGUUGAAUUCAGUUAUACAAGAUGAGUUAUGUAAUACAGUUCUGUUCCACUAAUAGGCCUUUGAUGUACAAAUGGCAAAUUUAAAUAUGAUUUAAAUAAAUAUUUUUUCUAAUAUCUUGACCCAGCACAUAAUUAUUCACUGAUUCUAUUUCUUUAACCACAGGAUAGUGAGAACAGUCACUGAGGCCCUAGAUACAGAAUAUGUCUAUGUUAUGAUUUCCAUUGGUCUUAGUGGAACUUAGACAAAUAUCCUUGUGUUUUAAACAGGUAAUAAUAUUGAGUAAGUGACCUCAUCCUGACAUGUUCAGUUUUGAGUCUUUUCACUGAAGUAGGCAACCAACAAUUGAAAACAACAGCAAUGAAAAACAAUGACGAAUCUCAUUCAUAUUGUUCUCAGAUAAAAAUUUGAAAUAUAUACACAUGUGGUGCAGAUAAAAAUUGGAUUUCCUUUGCCUCCCAAUCUAGGAUGCACUGAUUUUUGCCAAGCUGGAAAAUGAUUUUGUUUUACAUUGAUGAGAUCGACUUUAUAUAUUGAGUUGGAAGAGACCACAGAAGUUGGUUAAUUUCAGAUAUUUCAUAAUCUCUGAAUAAUUUGGUAAUUAAUUGGCUGUGCUUAUUGAAGAAGUGCAUAUCUGUAUGCACAUGUGUGUAUGCAUUGGGGACUCGUUGGUCAGGUGCUAGGUGCUUGCUUGUCUGUUUUUGUUGGUUCUGCUCUUUGGCCAGCCUUAGUCUGCAGGUCUGAUUUGAAUACCUCAGCAGGGACCUAGGGACCCCCUUUAUGCCUUACAUUUUACUUUUAUUUUGGCCUUAUGGUCUGUGUGACAUAAGAUGAUGAUUUUACAGCUAAUGAAUAUUACUUUCUAACUUACCAGCUAAUAUCUUUCAGUUCAAGCUAAGGCCUUGAACAAAGUCAGAUUGUGUUUGUACCAUCUUUUUUAAAUCAAAUAAUGCCAACAGGAGCUUUUGGGGAAAAGGUGAAGGAAGGCUAAGUUUAACUGUGUAAUCCGGGACGGGGUUUAACUGUGAGACUAUGAUGUGGACAUCAACCUCCUGACCUGUGUAUUACCAAAAGGGGGAAACAAUUCCAGAAAUAUUUUUGGUAUAGACUGUUUAAAAAUAAAAACAAAUUGUAUAAUUUAUUAUAUGGAAUAAAUUUUUAAUAAAUCAUU